UCUCCAAGUCUCUGCCUAUUGGAUUGGAGCAGCUGCCUGCUGCCAUAGCGCGUUACUCAUUAAACCUGAGGCAGACUUUCACAUCCACUCCGGUUAGAUGGAUAAAUAUAUUUCAUGUAUAGGUCUUUUUCUCAUAACUAUUCAGCACUAAGGAAUUGAAGAAUACAAAGGGACUGGUGUUUGAUGUUCUGAGGCAUCGAUGAAUCGGACACAUUAAAGACCCAUGGCAAAGUGGUUGAAAGAUUAUUUGAAUUUUGGCAGCAGGAAAGGACCUCCGCAGCCGCCCAAGCCCGAUUACACUGAGAGUGAGAUACUUCGUGCGUAUCGUGCCCAGAAGGAGCUGGACUUUGAAGACCCGUAUGAACCCUCAAACCGAGCAAAUAAUGGCUCUGACUCGUUUCCUGCAUUCGGAACUGUUCUGUCCAAUGGCAUGGAGGUCAAGAUGGUCUCCCCUCAGCACCGACUGAUCAAAGUGGAAUCUCAGGAAUUCAAUCGCUGCAAGGUCCCAUUAGGCAUCGUCUCAUUCGAGGAGCCGCAUGUUCCUGUUGUUCCAUCCGCUCCAGCAGUGGGGGACACCGAUUAUUCAGACCCAUUUGAUGCUCGUCCAGACCCACGAGCCCAUCUCGGCUGGGAGUCCGGUUCUGUGGAAAAUAGCAGCAGCUACAUGGAACCGUUUGAAGCCCAGAGAGUCAUCACAGAGCUGCAGCACGGCUCUCGGGGAAGCCCACAGCUCUACGACAGUCCAUAUGAAGAACGCGGACACUACAGGACCAUUUUCGCAGAUGAUGAGAGGGAGAGCCGAUUGCCCCAGGACGACGAGAGGCCUGCAGAUGAGUAUGACCAGCCCUGGGAGUGGAAGAAGGAAAACAUCUCCAAGGCAUUAGCUGUACAAUUUGAUGGUGGUGAUUGGGAUCGCUCCACACUGCCCCACACGGACCAGCACAGGAGAAGAACCAGUCCUCCUUCCAGCAAGGCCACCAGUUUACGCAAACCCAGUGACCUCCACGCCAUCUUGGGGGAGAGGGUAGACCCUGAAUUUCCUUUGGAGCAACAAGUGUGGUACCACGGCGCACUGACGCGAUCUGAAGCUGAGAGUCUUCUGACACUGUGUAAAGAAUGCAGUUACCUGGUGAGGAACAGUCAGACAAGCAGAAACGACUACUCUCUCUCUCUCAGGAGCUGUCACGGCUUCAUGCAUAUGAAGUUCUCUCAGUCUCGCGAUGGGAAGUACAUCCUCGGUGAGAACAGCCCUCCCUUCGACACGAUUCCAGAGGUCAUCCACUACUACACCACACACAAGUUGCCCAUUCGGGGUGCAGAACACCUCUCCCUGCUAUUUCCAGUGGUGGUCCAGACACUCUAAGAAAAUGCACAGCUACACACUGGCCCACUCUCCCACACACACACACACACACACACACACACACAGGCCUGGAGUUUAUGUAGCUUAGGGCACACACACACACACACACACACACACAGAGGCCUGGACUUCUUUGAGCUUAGGGCACACACACUCACGUUUUUUAUAUAUUUUUUAUAAUAUAUAUAAUAUAUGUGUGUGUAUAUGUAUAUAUAAAUAUACACACACAUACAUAGAUACAUACAUACAUGCAUACAUACACACACACACACACACUCAGGGUCUAAUCUUAGUCAGCUUGCAGUCAUGCUUUGUAUUUGCUAAAAUGUGUGGAUUUUGAUAAUGGCUACCAGUGGUCUUUUAUGUGUCGACUGAAACUACUCUGAGACACAAAAUUGGAGCGUCACUGAUCUGCAGGUUGGAUUUACAGAAAUAUUAAUGCGAGGGCUGAAAGAAUGCCGUAGGUUAUUUAAAUACGUUCAACACUACACUGUUAUUCAUGCUUCUAAUUCCCUUUAUGUGACUUACGCAAACUUGUUCUAGAACAACUUCCAUACGGUGCAUCGCUCACCUUUACUACUCUAUUAGAUUGUUUUCUGAGUGGCCACAACACUGUAAUCGUUUCCACAAUGAAAUUAUGGGAUCUUAUUUUUUGCUGUUCUUUAUUAGAAAAGCCUUUGCUGAAGUGACCCAUGGAUAUCAGCAUGUAGAUCUUUACACUAUACCUUUUUAUAUCUUUGCUAUGGGUAAAAAAAAAAAACAGAACCUGAAGGAUAACUAUUAGAGAUAGCAGUAAUUGGGGAUGCAUCAAUAUUAAUACUUGUACAUGUUAGCAAUCAAAUAGCAAGUGAUAUGUUUACUAAGGUUUUUUUAUUUUUUAUUUUUUUAUUAUUUAAAUAAAGUUGAAUGAAAAAAAGGUGCAUGAAAGUCACCAAGAAGAAUGUGUUGUUUUGAGCAAUAACCAACACAAUGUUCCGUAAAGCCCCUAAUAGCUAAUACUCAGUAAGUCACUCAUUUCAGGAUCAGUAUUGCUAUCAGUAAGUACAGAAAACAUGUCGAAAUUGUAUUGAUGCAUCUGUAAUUAUAUAAAAAAAAAGGUAUAGAAAUAAUGAUGAACCUUGGGCUAGUCGAGUUACUUAUAUAGUAAUAUAUAAAUGAGAGUAUUCCAUUUGUCUUUUGGAGAUUUUGCAUAAUGGGCUAAUAAGACUGUUAAAGGAAACCAGGCAACAGCUGUGGAACGCAAGGAAUGUCUUUUCCUGGCACACUGCUUCAUGUGCCGGAGGCAGUGACUCUAGGCGAGAGUUUAGAGGGAGGUGAAAAUUGGAAGCGAAAUCUUCACGUCUCCAGAGCUGAGAACCACACGUCCUCUGCGUGCCAAUACUCUCUAUUCUUUUUCACGAGAGAAAGGAAGCCACCAUUUCCACACCACUGUUCACAGCUAGAAAGUUCACACUUACACUGUUAGAAACUACUGAACACAUAAGCAACAAUAACACUUCCUUCAUUGUGAUCGUACGGUUUACUUUUUGGUUCUUUGUAAAUAGGAGCAAUAGACAUUUGUUUUUAAGUGAUGAGGCCGUGUGUAUGUACAAACACAUCAUUAUCACAUUCACCUUGUGUAUUCUACACUCCUCCUUAUCCGACACCUUUUCCCCCUUGGGUGAAACGAAGCUGUAUUUUUGUUUGUUUUUAAACAUUUGUUAUAUCUGAAGACUUUUUGAAGAGAUGAUUGAUACAUUUUUUUGUGAUAUGUUUUGUGUUAGUCAGUUCAGGCUGAAAAGUUUAAAGGAAAAAAAAAAGGUGGCCAUAAAAUUGUACUGUUGUAGAAAUUGAAUAUUUAUAGCUAUAACAUUUCACUGGUUUGAGAUGAUUUCCCAUUUUUCAAUCACAAAUUACACAAGUCCUCACACAAGCUGUGUAGUUAAAGGGGUAGAUUGAUGUUUUUACACCUAAUCUCUGUCUACUGCAUGUGUAGUUUGUGUGUCAUUAUUAUAGGGAAGCAUUGCAAGACACCUCUACGUUCUACAGAAAGCCAGUUCACUUUGUCCAAUGGCAGCCAUUGAACUCAAUUGAUAAAACUGUAUCAGGCAAAUUUUAAAUCAACAACCAUUACACUCUAAAGGCCAUAAAACUUCUUAUAAAUUUGUAUCUACCAUUUAUACAGUAAAAAAAUUAUUUCCGUUUGACACUUGAAUGAAAUGUUGUAUUGGAGAGAAAUCUUUGUGUAUUUUCCUUUCUUUGUAAAAUAAUCCAUACUUCUAAAAGAUAGAAUAUGAACUUGGCAUUGUUUAAAUUAUUGCCCUUAAUUGCACAUUACAAGUUUGCCUUCUGUUGUGCAUCGAAUGAUAUCGUAUGUCAUAUGGCAAUUGCACACAGGCUACAGAUGCAGUGAAAGAAGAUUAGGGUGUAAAAUGCUGGAGUCUCCCUGAGUUGAGUUAUUAAACCUAUGGCACACGCUGGCAUUAUCACCAGAUCUACUCUGUAGUAGAGUGUAAUAUGAGAGAACUACACUGUAGUUGUGCUUGAUUAUGAUGACUGACUACUUUUACUGACUUUCUGUACUUUUUGUUUCUUUUAAAUAAAAGCUGUUUUUAAUAAAGAAA